AUUAUUCAUUGAUCUACAAUCCUCCUUGCAGUGCUUGUAAGGAACUGAAAUAAUAUUAAUUACUGGUACGUUUUUCAACGUUUUGCUGAAAACCAAUUAUAUUUACAACAAAUUGCAGUAGCUUGUCAAUCCUUAGUUUUUUUUUUUAUUAAUUUGGCAAUGAUGUAUUUUAUACUUGUCGCUGCAUUAUGCAUUCGUAUAAUUCUCCAGUUACAAUAUAAAGAAAUUCUAAUUAUUCAUUAUUUUAUGCCAAUUACUGUUCAAUCACAAUAUUUCCUUUCCUCCAUUUUUCCAAUUUCAAUACACUUCUAUUCCAGCGUGUCAAAGCCAUCCGAUUCCGUUAGAUCUAAACGCCAUAUUCCACAGGUAUUCUCAACCAAUAGGAGAGCCCGGUAUGAGGAAUGCACCUGGGCAAAGCAGGUAAGAAGCGGUCAGGCAAAGAGCAAUCAGGUAGUCGUUCAGGUAUUUCCAGUCGAGCAUGAUCGGCACGUAGCUCUCUGCCAAAAGCUUUCCCUCCUUCUCUUUCUCUCUCUUUUUCCCUUUUGGUGUGUGCUCAUUGUGAAAAAUUUGUAAAUAGGUAAGUAAGAACGGAGUGAAACAGUUUUUGUUCGCGGUACACGUCGCGGGAGUUGUGAUUUUCAAUGUCUGCUGGUUCCGUACGGGUCCUGAACUACGAAGCAGAAAUCCAGCGGACUCGGUGAAACGCUGCUGUCAAGAUAAAGGGCAAACGUUGAUCUGAUCACGAUGCCGUAUUACAACAGCGGGCACAGUCCUUCCACCUAUAAUAAAGAUGGAGGAUCCAGCGGUCCAUCCAGCACAUCCGGCGGCCGAGUCAGUAGCUCCGAGCCAACUUACAUGAUGGAGCAUUUGGCCACGUUCACGGUCACGAAAGAAACCGGUAUUGUUUAUCCAGCGGACGGUAUGCGACGACUUUUGCAGCUGGAGAAGAGUAACGGCAUCUGGAGUCAAAAGAUGCAGCUCCGUCUGGAACGGAACUGGGUGCUGAUCAUGGACAACGAGACCGGGGCCGUCAUGGAGCGAUUCCCAGCCUCGUUGAUACAGGAACCGACCGCGUUCACGUCGAGGGACCCGAUGGAGAUGUAUAACAACAUUCUCGUCUUCACAGUGGCGGAUGACAGCGGUUCCGGUCAACGAGCAGAAAUGCAUAUAUUCCAGUGUCAAAGCGUCUCGGCCCAGGACCUCGUCGAGGACUUGAAGAUGUUGCAGAUGGGCAAGUUAGUACCUGGUGGGUCGCCGAGGGGUCCCAGGGGUCGUAUACCUCCUCCUCCGACUUUACCUCCGCCGGAACCACCCUUGAACGGGGUCAACGUUCGGGAACAAGUGUCCGCCUUCAACGCUAAUAAUGCGGACGGCCAGAACGAUAUAUCCCGCGAGGAGAACAACGACGAGGUGUCAUCGACGUCCUCGGAGAAGUACGAGCGCGACGUGACGAUACUGAACCACUGUUUCGACGACAUCGAGAAGUUCAUAGCGCGCCUUCAGCACGCGGCCGCCGCGUCCAAGGAGCUGGAGCGCCGUCGACGAAACCGGAAAUCGAAGAAGAGGAACCUGGGUGACGGAAUGUUGACUAUGAGGGCGAAACCGCCGCCCGAAAUGGAAUUCAUCGACAUAUUCCAGAAGUUCAAGCUCUCGUUCAACCUGCUGGCCAAGCUGAAGGCCCACAUUCACGACCCGAACGCGCCGGAGCUGGUACACUUUCUCUUCACACCGCUCGCGUUGAUUGUGGAUGCGUCUCACGACACCAAUUACGAUCCGAAUCUUCCGAGCAAGGUGGUCUCGCCGUUGCUGACCAGGGAGGCGGUCAACCUAUUAAUUAAUUGCGUCACCAGCAAAGAGACAGAACUGUGGCACUCGUUGGGAGACACCUGGCUGAUACCCAGGGACCAAUGGAAGGGUCACGUGCCCCCGUAUCAUCCUAUCUUCAUGGACGGUUGGUCUCCAGAGUAUCCGAUCCCGGAGGACAGAGAUCACGAUCAUCUAGCCUCCCUGCUGAACGCCGAUAAACAGAAGAGGGACGAACUCCCCGAACAACAGAACGAUCCUUAUUAUAAUCACCGAGAGGUGGACGAGUCGCACUACAGUAGCGAUUAUUUGGAGUACGAGAGCAGAGAGGAACGCGGCGGUAACGAGUAUUUCGAAAGGAAUUAUGGGACCAGCUCCGAGUUGUACAGGGAGGAGAGAGUAGUCGACCAGACGAGAGCGCACAGCGAUAUAUCUGUCGAUUCGAUCGAAAGAACGCCGAGAGCCGGCGGAAUGGAACGGGCACAGGAGGCCUGGCUGGACGACCUGCUGGCCCGACACGCGAAGAUCGUACAAGUCACUUAUCCGAGAACGGCCAACAACGACAAGGAGUUGACGGUCGUCAGAGGCGAAUACCUAGAGAUCCUAGACGAUAGCAGGAAGUGGUGGAAGGCGAGGAAUUCCAGAGGGCAAGUCGCGCACGUGCCGCACACCAUCGUCACGCCUCACAAUCCCACUCAUUCCAACGACAACGACGUUUUCAACAACCCGCUAUACACCAGCAGAUAUCCGAGACAGGGACAUGGAUAUAAUUAUGAGGAUUCGGAACUCGAAAGAACUAGCACUAGUCCAGGACCAGAAGCCACCCAUCGAACACACGCGAUUCCACCGCCAGCGCCAGCCGAUUGGGUGAGAAAAGAGAGACUCGGGAAAAAAGACCAAGCUAACCUGUCCGAAGAAAUCGUUCCUGAAGUAUCAACACCGCCACCGCCUCCUCCACCUCCGCCUCUAGAAAGCCAGAUAUCAGUCAUCUCGACGAUUUCAACCAAAUCACUGAAGAGUAAUCAACCACCUAGCGGGCAGCGAACGGAGAAGCAAAUGCAGGAGGAGCUGAGACAGGUGUUGAUGAUAUACCGUGAGAAGAAAAGUAGCAAUGAGAGUGUCACUCCUGAGGCUGUUCUGGAUAGAUUUUCCACGCCCAGAGAGGUUCAAAAGUGGUUGGCGAGCAAGGGAUUCUCGGACAAAACUUGUAGACAGUUGAGGGAUAUGACUGGUUCUGAGGUGAUUGAGCUGACAAAAAGACAGCUGGAACAGUACUGUGAUGUGGUGGAGGGUGGCAAACUUUAUGAUAUGAUUUCCUUGGCGAGAGUGGAAGGCGAGAAGAGUCCUCGAGUGUCGAAGUUGAAACAAAUACUGGAGAAGGCUAAGCACAAAGCGGAUGAACAGUGACUAUAAAAUACUCUUGAAGAAUUAUUAUGAUACAUAUUUUUGUUAUAUGUAACGAUUGAUGGAUAUGGGGAGAAUGUAAUAGUAUUAUUACUCUGGUAGGAUGGUGCAGAAAUAAUUUAAGUUUUUACCAAGUAAAAUAUUUUUUACAAAAUUUUGAACAUAAAGUCCUCAAAUUUCAA